GUGACCCACUUGAAGGCGGUCCAUGUCCCAACGUCGCCAUCAUCGCUGGCCGCCAAACACCACGCCGACAGGUCUCCAGCCAUCUUCUCCGAGCUCCCUGAAUUAGACCGCCUACGAAAGAACUCACUAGAUCGACAACUAUACUGGUUCGGCCGUCCGACGUCGCCGAGAUGGAUCCUGGGCGUGCCGCCAUGAUCGCGGGCUCAAAAUCGCCAACACGAAGCGACGCGCCGCCAGGCAAGGACCGGAACCGAGAUCGAGGCAUCACGGCCCCCAGACGCGACCCGGCAAAUCGGGUAUCGAAGCCCUCCAGGAAUCCCAACAACAGCAACAACAACAGGAGGCCGCCACACAGCAACAGCGGCGGCGGCGCGAUGCCGCCGCCGGCGACCAACAACCCCCGGCACUUCAAGACGCAGGACGAGCAGUCGGAGGAGUUCGUGGCGGGCGAGGACAAGUUCGUGCUGCGGCAGUCCAAGAAGAAGGCCGACAUCCGCGUGCGCGAGCGGCGCGCCAAGCCGGCCGACUUCCUAGCCUUCAACCUGCGCUGGGUCGACGAGGACCGCGACACGCUCGACGACGACGAGGCCGACGUGGCCAUCAACGUGCCGCGCCCGGCCAAGCUCAUCGCCGGCCUGAGCGAGCGGCAGCUGGACGGGGUCGAGGCCGAGAUCAGGUCGUACCUGACACUCGAGACGAGCGCGCGCAACCUCGAGUACUGGAGCGCCCUGCAGGCGCUCUGCGCCGACCACCGCAAGCAGCUGGGGCGACCCGAAGGUGGUGGUGGUGGUAGUGGUAGUGGUAGUGGUGGUGGCGGGGGUGAGGGCGGCGGCGCGACGGCGGCAGAGUCGGUCGCGGCCAGCGUGGACAAGCUCCUGGGGCCAAAGUCGUACGAGCAGCUCGAGGCGCUCGAGAAGCAGAUCCGGGCCAAGCUGGACUCCAACGAGCAGAUCGACCCGGACUACUGGGAGAACCUGCUCAAGAGCCUGCUGGUGUACAAGGCCAAGGCGAGGCUGAACGUCAUCAUGGAGGAGAUCCACCAAGUGCGGCUGGAGCUGCUCAAGAACCUGGACCCCCAGGCGCUCGCCAACUCCAACGUGCUUAGCCGCCCGCCGCAGGGCGCUAAGCGGGGCACCAGCAUCCUGGCGUGGACGACGACCAAGGGCAAGGAGGGCAAGAGCAAGGAUGGCAAGACCGUUGAGGAGGCAGUCGAGGGCUCCUCGUCAUCGUCGUCGACGACGCUGGUGAAAGCGGGAUCCAGCACCGCGCCCGCGGCCCCCGGGGCGGCGCCGCCCGGCACGGCGCGGUUCGCGCAGGGCGAGACGGACGACUUCUCGCAGGCGGCCAAGGCGCUGUAUGAGCGCGAGCUGGCGCGCGGCGUGGGCGAGGACGAGGUGAUCUUGACGGCCGAGGAGACGCUGACAAAGUCCAAGCCGUGGUGGGCCAACAAGCACCGGCCGCGCAAGCCGCGCUACUUCAACCGCGUGCAGAUGGGCUACGAGUGGAACAAGUAUAACCAGACGCACUACGACCACGACAACCCGCCGCCCCGGACGGUGCACGGCUACCGCUUCAACAUCUUCUACCCGGACCUCAUCGACAAGACCAAGGCGCCGACCUUCAAGAUCAUCCGCGAGGGCGGCCGCCGGCGCGGCGAGACGACGGCGCCCGCGGGCCAGGAGGACACGUGCCUGAUUCGCUUCAUCGCCGGGCCGCCGUACGAGGACAUUGCCUUUCGCAUCGUUGACAAGGAGUGGGACUAUAGCGCCAAGAGGGAGCGGGGGUUCAGGAGCAGCUUUGACAAGGGAAUUCUACAAUUGCAUUUUAUGUUCAAAAAGAUCUACUACAGAAAAUAGGUCAACCCGGUUUUCGAGAGGGGCAGAGGGGAGGAAAAGGAACCGCACGGCCACGACAGCAGACGUCACUCCUCCCCC